UUAUUUAUUUAUUAAUAUACAGUUGGAUUCGAUUCAUUAUCAUAAAAAGAAGACGCACUACUUGAUUAAUAUUAAAACGAAAGCAGAACCGCACACGAAAAGAAGAGAGAGAGAGAGAGAGAGAAGAGGGAAAAGAAAAGAAAACCCUAGCUUGCUUUUUGUGCGGAUUUAAUUUGGUAAUGGCGGAUUUGGAGAAGCAGGAGAAGGCGGCGGCUGCGGCAGAGGGGGAGGCGGCGGCGGAGGAGGAGGAGGAGAGGUUUCUGGAGGGAAUGGCGGUGCUGGAUUUUGACAUGCUCUGCUCGACUGUGGCGUUGCAGACGCAGUGGGGUUGGAGGAAGCUCGACGGAGGGGAUGAUGAAAAUGGAGAAAGUGGGGAUUUUGGAGGAGUUCUAAGGAUGUGGGAAGGCGAACUUCUCCAUUGCUUCGAAGACCGUCGCAUCGCCAUUGAAUCCUCUUGUUGCCCAUGCUACAGAUUUGGCAAAAACAUGAGACGAGCUGGUUUUAGUUCUUGCUUUUUACAGGGAACUAUUCACUUCAUUCUUGUCCUUAGUGCUCUUCUCAACUGCAUUGCUUUCAUUGUCACCAAGCGGAAUUGCUUCUUAUAUUUGUCAAUCGCUUUCACGCUUUCAGUGGGAACGUAUCUGGGGUUCUUCCGUACGCAGAUGAAAAAGAAAUUUAACAUUAGAGGUAGUGAUAAUUCAUUGGACGAUUGCAUCUACCAUCUUAUCUGUCCGUGCUGCACAUUAUGUCAGGAAUCGAGAACAUUAGAAAUGAAUAAUGUCCAAGAUGGCAUUUGGCACGGUCGGGGUGAUACGAUAUGCAUAGGGAGCGUUGCUGAAGGGAGAAAAGCAUUCUAUGAGCUACAACCACCUCCUCUUGUUUCACCUAUGGUUCCUGAUACCUGUAGCAUACAAAUAACUGCCGAGUCUAAUGAUCACUCUUCAACUUAAGAAGUUGGACGUUCUAAGAAGUUGUUUCUCAUUCCAGAACCAAUUGCUGCUACAGCUCCGAAUGAUAUAUAUUGAUUGUUUUUCCUCAAAGGGGAGGGAUGUGUAUCCGAAUCGGUCAAAUUUCUCUAGUCCAAGAUUGCCUUGGCUAAUUGACCUUUGGAUUGGUAUCUUCAGAGAAAGGAGGGUGAUUGGUCUAAAAAUGAUUUGAAAGAAAAUGCUGGGUGGCUAAUGUGCUAAGAUAAAACAUACUUGUAUACCUUGGGAUUUUAACCGAUCCUCUUUCUCUAUAGUAUGUUUACUGUCAGAACAAGUGAUCAAUGUUUUUAUCUGAUACAAUGAAAUGUAUUUAUCCACAUUCUAA